GAAGUGUCAUGCGCUAUUGUUCCAAAUGUAUUUACCAAAAAGCUGUUUCAUUUUAGUAAAGAAAUUAGGAGGAGCGAGUGGGAUGUUUUUAAAAAGGUAGAGCAAUUUAGGAAGAAUAUUCAUCUUCAGAGUAUUAAUACACCCAAUCAUGGAAAUUGGCAAGGAUUUCCAUCUAUUAAUGGAUUCAACUACUGACUCACAGUACACAGGAUUAUAGUUAGUCGCUACAAUAGAUUCUAUUGUAGGCGUUAUUUCAAUACCAAGGUAUGUAAAACUGUCCACAAUAUUCCUAAAUGGUGCUUUUAGUGGUGGGAUUAUUCUCUCAGAUUUUUUCAAAAAUACGAUUGUAGACUUGGAUGCAUUAACCUCAUAGGCUGAGAAAUUGCCAUAUGUUUCUAUUACAUUUAAUAAAGAAGGUAUUGAUCCAAUUGAUCCAAAAUCGUCCAUCAGGAAGAGCACUAUAUUAGCAGCAAAUAAUCGUGUUUUAUUCUCAGUAUCAAUUCAUUUUAGUCCCGGUUACCUCACUAUUGACUAUAAUUGCCAUUGAUAACGGUUCAAUAACCGUGUGUCUAAAAAGAGAGAGCGGUUUUGAUACCAUAUAGUUAGUCAUUACUGAAGCACUCGAGUUAUGAUAUAGGAUUUUGACCCAGCUAAGGAAGUAGUCGCCUACUCCAAAGCGGCUACUCACUUCAAAUAAAUAUUCAUGCUCAACCCUAUCAAAGGUCUUCUCCACAUCAAGCCUAUCACUGCCCCUCAGGUAUUUCUUUCUUGGCGUUUAUGAUUUUGAUCAUUCUACGAAUAUUGUGAGAGCCCUGUUUUCCUUUAGGAAAUCCAUUUUGGUCCACAAUAGAUGGCAUAUGUUUCUCCAACCUUCUAGCAAGUAUUUUUGCUAUCAUUUUUGCAUCGUUAGUGAUUAGGACGGUAGGAUUCACACUUUGGGGAGGGCUUACUUGGUUUUAAUAUCAAUGUUUUGAGUGCACUUCACAGAGAUGGGGCCAGCUCAUCAUUUCCAAGUGAUUCUUGAAACAUAUUCUGUAAAGGGACCAGUAGCAUAUUCUUAAAUCUUUUGUAAAUUUCAAUAGGAAUGCUGUCGGGCCUGGGGCUUUUCCUCCUUUCAUACUGUCUAUGGCCUCUGACAGCUUAGAGAUUACAAUUGGGGAGUUAAGAUCAUGUUUUGCGAUCUAAGGAGCGGUAUUUCUAACUUACUUAGGAAAUGGUGGAGUGUGUGAAUGUGGCUGGACUUUCUGAUGCGUACAAUUUAGAAUAAAAUGUCUGAAAAGUGUUGAUUAUUUCUUGUGGGUUAUUAAUUAUUCUACCUUUCUCAGACUCAAUUACUAGUAUUGAUCUUACGUUCUGCAUUUACUUUAAACGUCAGGCCAGAAGUUUCCCCGGUCUCCUUGGUAGUAGUAUGUCUGUUUUAGUUUAAUUACGCUACAUCAAGUUCUGAGAACGGACUGUUCUUAUGUUGUCCACAAUGUAAGGUGAUGUUCAUUGCACCUUCUCCACUGUUGUAAUACUUCUCCCGGUCUCUUGGUGACGCUCCUUGGUAAUGUCUGACUCAUGGCUGCUAUGGCGUGCCUCCCAUCAUCUGUGUCAGUGGAACUGGAGCAUUGGGGUAGAGCCGACGGCUGUUUAUGCUUGCUGCUGUAUGUGAAGGAGGGAGAGAAAGAGAGAUAGAGGCUGGGCGUGAGAGAGAGAGAGAGAGAAAGCGAGAGAGAUUGUGUGUGUGUGAGAGAGAAAUUGGGACAGAGAGAGAGGAAUCUGAGCAGACAGCUUCUCUAGAGCAUGAUUAACUCAGAUAGAGAAGCAGGCAACCAUUGGAUUACAGCAGCAUUUUCAGUUCGAUUUUUGGAUGUAUAUAUUUAGUAUUUAGCUAUAGUGUCGACAGUACAUUUUUUUUCCGAAAGCACAUUUAAUAAUGCAUCUGCCAUUAAACUUUAAACAGUGGCCUCAUUUUUUAUGGUUGUGGCUCCUUUUUGUUGUUUCGUUUGGAGAAAUCCGUUACAUCCUUCCAGAGGAGAUGCUGCGGGGUUCGGUUAUCGGGAAUGUUGCACGCGAUCUGGAUCUGAAGGUGACGGAGCUUGAAGCUCGUCGAGCCCGCGUUGUUGCAGAAGGAACUAAUCAGCUUUGUGAACUGGACACUGCGUCAGGCAAUCUUUUGAUCAGCCAACGGAUUGACCGAGAGGAGCUGUGCGUGCAAGCCAGUGUCUGCAUCCUGCAGUAUCAACUCUUAGUUGAAGAGCCACUUCAAGCAUACAGCAUAGUUUUGGAUAUUGUAGAUAUAAAUGACAACAGCCCAGUGUUCACUACAUCGGAGAUAAAAAUUGAUUUAGUUGAAUCCACUGUUUUGGGGAGGCGCUUUCCGUUGGAGAGCGCGCAUGACCCUGAUCUGGGAACUAACUCAGUCCGUGAAUACAAGCUUAGCCCGAGUAAUCAUUUUGCACUGGAAAUGAGUACCCAGAUUAACGGAAAUACUUAUCCUGAGCUAGUUCUUAAAAAGUCUUUGGACCGGGAGGCACAAGUUGAACAUGUGCUGAAAAUCAAUGGAAUUGACGGGGGAAAUCCAGUCAGAUCAGGAACUGCGGCUAUUCAGAUCCGUGUUUUGGACGCCAAUGACAAUGUCCCAGUUUUUAGCCAACGAGUGUACAAAACAUCUGUACCAGAGAACUCUGCCACAGGGACUAUCAUAGCCACACUGAAUGCCACGGAUUCCGAUGAAAGUGUUUAUGGAGAGAUAACGUACUCAUUCAGUCACCUGUCAGACAAGAUGGGAGGAGUUAUUGAAAUUAACCCUUUGAGCGGAGUGGUUCGCCUGGCAGGUGUCAUUGACUACGAAGAGGCUAGUAUGCACGAGCUGGACGUCCAGGCCAAAGAUGGAGGUGGUCAGGCCUCUCACUGUAAACUUUUAAUUGACGUCAUUGACGUGAAUGACAACAAACCAAUGAUAGAAGUAAAGUCAGCGUCUGCUAACUUGAAGGAAGACUCUAAACCAGGAACUAUGGUUGCUCUGAUUAAUGUAUAUGACCUGGAUACUGGAAGCAGUGGGCGUGUCACGUGCACAAUCCCGGACGAUGUGCCAUUUAAGUUAGUUUCAGAGGUCAAAAACUAUUACAUGUUAGUGACUGAAGGAAUACUAGACAGAGAACUUCAAUCUGAGUAUAAAAUUACAGUCACUGCCACGGAUGCGGGCUCUCCCUCUUUGUCUAGUGUUAAAGUUAUAACAAUCGUAGUCAAUGAUAUAAAUGACAACCCCCCAACUUUUACGCAAAGCGAGUACAAUGCCAACAUCCUGGAAAACCAACCCGUUGGCACAAUGGUUAUGCAAGUGAAAGCUGUGGAUAUUGAUAACGGAUCUAAUGCUCAUAUACUCUACGAAAUAUCAAAGUCAGAGGUGUCCUCCUUAAUCACCAUCAACUCAGAGACUGGUGAGCUCUUCACAUCCCGCCUCUUCGAUUACGAACAGUCAGCACACUUUCAGAUUAAGAACACCGGGUUCAUUGCCGAGGAUAUGGUGCCAAUGGAAGCGCCUAAAGGUUACCUGGUAACUAAGGUGGUUGCUGUGGACGCCGACUCUGGUCAUAACGCCUGGCUCUCUUACAAAGUAAUCAAAGCAACGCGGCCUAACUUGUUCAUGGUCGGUCUGCAUACAGGAGAAAUUCGCACUCUGCGAACAUUUAUGGAGGACGAUGAACCAAAACACACUAUUGUCGUUUCAAUAAAGGAUAAUGGCCCUGAAUCUCUCUCCACAACUGCUACCAUCAACGUAAUGAUUGGCGACGGGCUGCCUGUUUUAAACGAACUCUUUGAGUUUACAGAUGAGUCACAGAGCACCGAUAACCUCACACUUUAUUUGGUUGUUGCACUUACAACCGUUUCCUCUCUUUUAAUUCUUCUAAUUAGUGGUGUGUUUUAUUUCAAGCUCUGCAGGCGUAGUUAUGUUCACCGGUCAACCACUGAUGGUCUCCCCGUUUUCCCCACAACUUACCUCCCCCCUAGUUUCACAGAUUUGAGCCACUGUGGGACCCUGCUGAAAGAUGAUCGGUUUGAUUCCUUCUUGACCACGGGGUCGUGGAGAGGCGAUUUUCGUUUUGGCUCAAGCACGGACACUGACACAUUGAAGCAAAGAAGUGCAGCCUAUCAAAAAAACACGCUACGGCAGGCGAGUGCAGGUAGAGCUAAUCUGAAGGUGAGGGGAGGUGCAGCGCAUCCUUGUUACUUGAUCAAAUAAAAGUCAGUAAAAGCAAUAUGUUAUGGAUGUUGUUAAUUAAUCCAAGCGCACUGUAUUCAAUUUCAACCCUUUGCCUGCCAAAUAUUAGAAGUGUAUUUGUGCAUAAAUAUGCUGUCAAUAUUUUGUUGGAAAUGUAUUUUAAUGUUCUUUGAGUUUUGCUUAUAAUGUAAACCUCACCUGCCCAUCACCUGACUGUCAAUAUCUGUGCUAACCUUAACUCAUGCAAGCGUAGACCUUUUGGAUUAUUGAGAAUAGUAGAUGAGAUAUUAAAAAAUAAAUAAAGUUAGUAUUCUAUUUACAUCCAUUUUUUGUAACACUUUCAUUUUUUAGUUGAAUUUUUUUUUGCGCAGACCCGUUAUUUUACUUAAUCAGGCCUGUUUGGUUUCCUUGCCUCUUCUUACUGUUGUUUUUGUAUCUAGUAGUAGUCACUCUAUAUCUUUCUGUUUUAAAUGCAUGGUGUAACUUUUUGACCAUGAGCGCAUGUCCAGAAUUCAUGAAAACAAUACAGUUGAUUAACCAAAGUUAGUGGUUACUAUUAUUGUGUUGUCACUUCUAUAUUUCUCUUUGCUACUUUUAUUCUUUUGUUGUGUAAAACUGCCUUUACACUUUUAUUAAUUGUUGAUUUUAUUACUUGGAAUACACUGGCGCUAAGUCGUUGUGUUUUUACAAAAUGUACAUGAUUAUUGUAUGACAGAGUAAUAAUAAAACCUUUGCAUCAUGUUA